CACAAUCCUCUGUGUCCAGCUGAUCUACAGGAGCUGUUACCCCUGGGAGCGCUGGGUCCUGCUUACUACUACCUCAUCCAGGCCGGAGAAGAUGGGGUGCUGCUUUAGUAAGGAGCUCAACCCCGGCCUGCCGAGUGAGAGGAGCAGUCUGUUACAGCCCCCGCUGCACGACGGGCUGAGUGAGGUGACAGACCGGGUCAGGCAGCACGCUGGGGCUAUGGCUCAGCAUGUGUGCUUGAACGAAGAGGACACAUGUGUGGCAGACGGACCGGCUCAGAGGAAGACAAGGGAAGACGAGGAGGGACAUCCAGAACUGGGGACGGAUUCGGCCGAGGUCAGAAGGGACAGCACCACGCGGAGCGAGAGGGGCCUUAAACCGGCCGGCUCUCACCAGGAGAAUGAGGCUAUUAUUAACACAACCAACACAAACAUGCAUUCAAACACGGACACAGAGACACAUGCUGCUAGGCCCAGCUGUGGACCGGCACCCUAUAUGGAGGUUUCCACACAGAGUCCAGCCAAACAGAAGAUUUUGGAGAAUGCCACCCUCAGGGCUCUGUGGUUCAAUCAGCUCCCAGACGGGCAGAAGCACAAACCGUCAAAAUGUUUGUCAGCUCCCGCCAGGUUACCCUCUCGCUCUGCUAACGGCCAGAGCAACGUCUCGGAGCGCGAGGCGUCCGAUGAACAGCCGCAGCGGGGUUCCCCCAACACUGAGCACGAGGAGGAGGAGGAGGAGGAUGAAGGUGAGGAAGGUGAGGAUAUCAGUGUCGGCACAACGGCGCUCUGUCAAGGUUUCGAGACCAGGACCCGGAGCUUCUACAGCAUAUGUUCCAUCGACGCCGACGACCUUGAAAACGACCACCAGUCCCAAACAGCUGGAGCAACACACUUGCUGCACACAGCUGAAGUAGGAACAGCUGCUCUGCCCUGUAUAGUGGAGUCUCCAGUCUCCAGCCAAUCACACAUGGAGGCAUCCACAGUCCAGGACCAGAUGUACGUCACAGAAUCUAUAAGGGCUGGCCAGUCGCACGUCGAGGAUCCAGCUGCAGCACAGUCAUCCACCGUCCCAUCACAGACGCACUCAGACAGUUCCCUCUCAUCAGAGGAGACCCCCUCACCCCAGCCUGUAGACUCUCCCAGUGACCCGCUGACCCCAUCCAGCAGUCAAAUCACCAGCGAGGAACCUCCGGCGUCUGCUCCAGACGGCACUCAGCCUGAAGGUUUGAAUGAACAGACGGCUGCAGAGGACGAGGAUGAGUCCAAGGAUUACAUGUUGAUGACGUCACACACAGAUCAAAGUGCAUGUGUGGAGGAGGACGAUGAACUUGUGCGGGGUGAGACGGGGAGAGGUGUGUGUUUAGUGGGAGAGAGUGUGUACUUAGUGGACCGCAGGGCAGCAGAGGAAACACUGGUUGGUUUACAGGAGGAAGAGUUGGAUUCUGACUUCAAUCCUCUGGAUGAUCAUCUGUUAACAGAGCGGCACAUCCAAAGUUCUACACCGGCAGCUGAAACUCCUGAACUGGAGACUUCCAGCCCGAGUCCUUCAAAGCCUGAGCUCCACCUCGACUCGCCGCACAGGGAGGAGUGUGGUCCUCUUCUGUCUGGACAGAGCAAGGUGGACAAACCCUCCAUGCAGGGCGUGGCCAUCCCUGUGAGCGCCGGCAGAGUCCACAGUGAGGAGGAGGCCGACGUUGGAGACAGCGGAACAGCAGAGACGACUCUCACCUGGGUGUCUUCGGUGUCCACCGUCUCAGUCGUGUCUUCACUGCCCGUUGAACUCACUGCCUUUUCCUGCCACACACAUCUGCCCCCUCUCUCUCACCUAAAAACCACAUCUCACCAGUGUGACUCCAUCACAUCCGACCAAUUAGAUAUCAGUUCAAACAAUCCAGCGUUUAAACUGAGCAGCAUGAAGCCUCGCAGUCAAGAUGUGGAGGCUCCAUUUGCUGACCCUGAGCUCAGUGGCGAACAGCUCAACAGCUUUGAUGUGAAAACUGAAGCUUCUGUGGUCUCAGACGAGCCUCUUCAGGAUGUCCUCAUGAGCAGAGACGAAACAAAAGCAGAAAUCUGUCAGAACAGCAGACAUGUUGAGAGAGAUGACGUUCCAGAUGUUUCACCUGAAACGGACCCAAACAGUUCCCUGUGUUCAAAGCAGCGUGACUGUCAGAGCUCCCCAGAAUCAUUCACCUCCAGUGUUUCCUCUGAGUGUGUGCAGCCUGAAGUGGACCUGCAGCGUGAAACCGCUGCCUGUUUACCUCGAACUACAGACUCAUCAGAUGGAGUUAAUGGGAUAAAGACUCGCAUGUUGCAGGAGGAGACGUCUGCACUGAGCAGCAGUAUUCCUCCAGAAACUCCCGAUUAUUCGGCUCCUGAGACUUUGGCCCAAGGUGUCGAGGAGGACACCGACACCUGUGACGACUCCUUUGUGAUUCUUAGUGACUUCAGCUGUGCGGAGGACCAGGACUUGGACCGUGCCGUGAUCUCCGUGGACCCGUCUCAGAUCGACGUUUACGCCUCGACUCCGUCGCACGAGAUCCACUUCCUGGGUCACGAGCCGACGGCGACCGCCGAGGAGGGAGAGAGAGAGGGAGGGAUGAGGGAGAUGGUGUCCGAGCUGCUGGGAGAUGACGCGGACUCCUCCGUCUGCCGCAUGUACCCCCGGACCUGGAUCCAGCUGGGUCUGGAUGAGACCUGCGGGGUCUGGGCCCAGGGCGCGUUUGACGAGGGCUCCGACAUGGAGAAGAUCCCGGAUCAGGUCUCAGAGAUGCAGCCGUCGAUGGCUCUGCUGGGAGCGUACCCCUUCAGCACAGUGAUGCCUCAGGGACGCUGUGUGUGGGACUGGCACACAGACUGCUCUCAGUCUGGACCCGUUGUGGCGCCCAGCCUCAACCCUGAUGCUGAGGCAUGGACCAAUCACGGCUUCAACCUGGACGUCGCUGGCCCCGCCUACCUCCAGGCUCAGCAGCCAUGGCUGCAGUUCCCCACCGUCGUGACCAAUCGGGAAGGAUACGAGCCGACGUUCCAGCUGGAGAACGUGGGCCUGACGGAGGUCGAGGUCGAUCCCAGAACACUAGAGAACCAGAUGCUGUCUGCUGAGGCUCCUCUUCUCAACGGAGAACCCACUGACUCACCCGUCACAGAUGAGAGCAUCGAGCAGCUGAGGAGCGUUUUGAAGUCCUGCCUGAUGAGGGAGCACCUCAGUAACGACCUGUACCUCAACUCCCAGAUGGACGACGACCAGUACGUUCCCAUCGCAACGCUGGCCAGCCUGGACCGGAUCAAGAGUCUCAGCACGGACCUGGACCUCAUCUCAGACAUCUUGAAAUCUCUGCCGACGGUUCAGGUGACUCCAUGUGGACAGAAGGUCCGAGCCAAUCAGAGCCGCUGUGUGGUCAUCCUGAGAGAGGUCCCCAACACCACACCUCAGGAGGAAGUGGAGUCUCUCUUUGACGCGGAGAAGCUGCCACAGUUCCUGAGCUGUGAGUUUGUGAGCAACGAUAACUGGUUCAUCACUUUCAAGUCAGAAACCGACGCACAGCAGGCCUACAGGUACCUCAGAGAAGACGUGCGGGAGUUCCAGGGAAAGCCCAUCAUGGUGAGGAUAAAGGCCAAAACCAUGGCGGUCCCUUCCUUUGCUCAACAAAACGGCUACAGACCCCCCCAGCUGGACCAGUGCAGCGGACAUUACGACUCCUACUUCCCCCCAGGAACCUACCAGCAGCCCUGCCCCCCCCAGCAGCUGUUUGACCCCACCAACGAGGCGUGGGCUUCGGCUGCGACGGGAUACCAGGACUGUGCCCAGCAAACAAUGAUGAACGACUUCAUGAACGGAUUCUCCAACUUCAGACCGUACAACCCUCACAGGCCGAGGAGGGGGUCGAACUCCAGAGGCCGUUGGCAGUCCAAUCAGAACGACUCGUCAGAGCAGACGCCAGCAAAGCGCUCGUCCUCUCCCAUGAAGCCGGGUCGGGGGCGGUCGCGGGGCAACGCGCGCCGUCAGAGCCGAGGGGGAAGGGAUUCCACUUCUGAUCGAGGAAGGAGAGGAACCUUCAGCCAGAGGAGGAGAGACAACCCGAGGUCAUGGGACGCUUCUGAUGGAGACACUCGUAAUUCACAGAGUCAGUUGCGAGAGCCGUCUCCUCCCCCCGAGCUCGGCCUCACCAGCUUCCCUCCUCUGACUCCACCAAACACCGCCAUGGCAGCGCUACCUGCAGCUAACGGCAACGUCAAGACUCCAGUGAGACGCAGCAGUGUGUGUUCACCAGCGUCACAAGAGCAGAUCUCAGAGCAGACUGUGGAGCGUGCAGAGACGACCAGUGAGGCCAAACCAGCUCAGGAGACACAGGAAGCAGUCGCAGAGUCCAAGAGGCCCAGCUACGCCGAGAUCUGCCAGAGAGUGUCAUCCAAUGAGCCGCUGCUGCUGCCCACUGACCCCGCCCCUUCAGAGGCGGAGCCCGCUGCCCCCACAUUCCCGGGCCAGGCGUCGGCACCGGCUCUGUCUCCAUGAUGAUCGUAUCCGUGGAGAAUUAUAAAAAGACAUAAGCUGAACAUGUAUUAAUGAAUGAAUGUGCUGUCGUAUGUCGCUGACAGUUUUUAGAGACAUCUGUGAACGUUGAUCUGCAGCUUUCUGUUGGUUUCAUUAGUUUGUAGUUAAGAUCAGUUUCCUGAGAGCCAGGUUUAGAUUUAGUCUUGUUUUGCUGUCGGCUCUUCUCUUCCUGCUGUUUGUGUGCGUUUGAUGUUUUCUUUCUCUGUACAGGAUGUUCCAUCACUUUUAUUAUUUUAGUUCCAUACAUCUGUGUUAUUCUUGAGUCUGCAUGGACUCGCACACGAUGCUCUCCUCUAAACAUUAGUACCCGUCUCCCAGUUUGUCCCAUGUUCAGACGCUGUGAGUACUGGGAGGAUCACUUGAAUAUUCUUUAUCUCUGCAUGACUUUCUUAUUUCAUUUUAGAAUUGAUGUCCUAUUUUUAUUGCUUUAGUGUGUUGAAGCUUCAGCUGAACCUCAACGUCCCGUGUUCACGACACGGGACGUCCUACAGAGGGAACACUCGGUGUCCAUAAACUUGAGUCUGAUUGUCCUUUGAGUCCUUUUGUUUAAAGAAUACAAUUUUAAAUGUGAAACAGUUGUGAUGGAGAAAGAGCAGGCGUGGUUGUGGCACGUGUUACUUUGUCUGUACAGAUGUACAUAUUACUGAACAAAUAUUAAAGUGCCUUUGAAGUUACAAAA